AUGCACGACCCUCCAGAUCAAAGGAUGACAUCGACAUUAUCCGGACGUGGAGGUGGCGGUGGUGGUGGUGGUGGUGGAUACGUGUCUUCUGGAGCCCCACCUUUGCGUCAUUCCGUAUCUUUUUCGUGUUUACCAAGAGGAGGAAAUCGCGAUCGUCCUCAUCGUUCACGUACGGCCACACUUCCUUCGGAUACGGAUUAUGGUUUCGUACGAGCUCCUCCAGCCGUUCGACUUUCCGUGAAAUACGGUGUCAUGUUGGAGGAAGAAACAUCCGGAAUUGAGUAUCGGGUUCCCGUUAAAAAAGAAUCGUUUCGAGAUAAUUUAGUUAAGAAAAGCGUUAGCAUAUUGAGUCCGACGGCGUGGUGGUCGAACAAACCGCGGAGGACUAGAAACGAAAAUAUUAUUUUGGAAGACGUCGAAGAUUCUCCGCAGCAAAGGAAAUGGAGGAGUCUCGGUGCUCUUCUCAGAUUACCAAGUUCCAGCAACAAUGUUCCUCAGGCUCCCUCUCCCCGAGCUCAAUCAUUUUAUUUGCUUGAUGAUUUCCUUCCGAGACCGACUAACAAUCGAAGAGAUCACAGCGGAACGACCACAAACUUCUCGGAUACAGAGAUUGCACUUGCGGACACUGCCGUCAACAAAUCAAUUCAACCAUCGAGGACAGGCUUAAUUCUAAUAAUACGGUAA